AUGACAUGGCCUAUUCGAAUGCAAAUUGCCAUAGAGACAACUAUUGCAUUGGCCUAUCUCCAUACUUCUAACAUCAUCCACCGUGAUGUCAAAACCAACAACAUUGUACUUGACAUUAAUGUUUCGGUUAAGGUAGCAGAUUUUGGGCUUUCAAGAUUGCUCCCCAAUGAUGUAAGCCAUGUCUCCAUAGCUCCACAAGGGUUUCUGGGGUAUCUUGACCCUCAAUAUUUCCAAUUCUACAGGCUCACGGACAAGAGUGAUGUGUAUAGCUUUGGGGUUGUACUUAUUAAGCUGAUAUCAUCCAUGCCGGCAGUUGAUGCAGCCAGGGAAAGAGAUGAAGUUAACUUGGCAAAUCUUUCCAUGAAAAAGAUUCAAAAAGGAAAGCUUAGUGAGCUUGUAGACCCAUCCUUUGGGUUUGAGUCAAACCAAUUCUGGAAGCUCUCAAUAAAUUAUGAGUCUGAGAAUCUAGAGAAAGAAGAUGAUGAUGGUGUUAUCUCUUCCACUUCAUCCAGCGAAGUACAUCCACCCCAACCAGCUUCACAGGACUCGGGUCAAGUUGGAAUUUUAAUGAAUAAUAAGCUACCAACUUCACCGAAUUCCUUGACUGAGAAACUGGAAAGUCCUGGUGCAGUCACUUCAUUUGGUUACCGUACGGAUCGUAAUGGUCAAUGGCUGAAGAAAGAUGCACUUCCUCCACAAGAUGAGCACACUCAUUCUCCUCCUCCUCAGCGAGAUGAUUCAGCCCUUAUGACUGAAGUUCUUUCAGAGUUACAGGGUCUUCGCACUUAUGUUGGUGAACGUUUUGAUUCUUUGGAUAAUCGCUUUGCAGGAAUGGAUAUCCAUCUCACACAGCUUGAAGAAGAUGUGGGAUAUAUUCGUCACAGCUUCGAUCUUCCACCACCACCACCACCUUCUUAG